CGGUGGUAAUGAAAAGAAAAUUAAAAUGUCGGCGGCCAGGGGAAUGUGGUGCUCGCUUCUUCGCAUCGGUAAAUCCACGAAGGGACUACCAUGCAGGUUGUCAACGAGAAACUGCGCUUACUAUCCAGUUCAAGAUGUUAUGUAUGGCCUAAGUCCCGAACAAAAAGAGCUCCGAGAAGCAGCAUUCAACUUUGCCCAGAAGGAGCUUGCACCACAUGCAAAGGACAUUGACAAGAAUAACCAUUUUCCAGGUUUUAGGGAAUUUUGGAAGAAGCUCGGUGACAUGGGUUUCAUGGGUGUUACUGUUCCUGUGGAGUAUGGUGGCCUUGGUGCAGGUUACUUGGACCACUGCAUCAUCAAUGAGGAACUUAGUCGUGCAUGUGCCGCUAUCGCGCUCAGUUAUGGUGCCCACUCUAACCUCUGCAUCAAUCAGAUCUAUCGCAAUGGCUCUGAAGAGCAGAAAAAGAAGUACCUUCCAAAGCUGAUCAGUGGAGAGUAUGUGGGAUCACUGGCCAUGAGUGAAGCUGGUUCUGGUUCCGAUGUGGCAUCUAUGAGUCUCACCGCUGUGAGGGAUGGUGAUCACUACAUCCUGAAUGGCACGAAGUUCUGGAUCACCAAUGGUUCACUUGCGGAUGUGGUGUUUGUCUACGCCCGCACUAAUCCACUUGCAGAUAAGCCACAACAUGGAAUUAGUGCAUUCAUCGUUGAAAAGAAUACUCCAGGCUUCAGCAUAGGUCAGCAACUGGACAAGUUGGGAAUGCGGGGCUCUCCAACAGCUGAGCUCGUUUUUGAAGACUGCAAGAUUCCUGCUAAGAACCUGGUUGGAGAGCUGAACAAGGGCAUGUAUGUCCUAAUGAGUGGCCUGGAUUUUGAGCGCUUGGUUCUGGCUGCUGGACCAAUUGGCAUAAUGCAGGCCUGUUGCGAUGUUGCCUUCGACUAUGUCCACACCCGCAAGCAAUUUGGCCAGCCAAUUGGGACAUUCCAGCUCCUGCAAGGCAAGAUAGCUGACAUGUACACAACACUGAAUGCCUGCCGCUCAUACCUGUACAGUACAGCCAGAGCUGUGGACCAGGGCCAUGUCCUUUCCAAGGAUUGUGCAGGGGUCAUCCUAUACUGUGCAGAAAAAGCAACUCAAGUGGCUCUAGAUGCUAUUCAGUGCUUAGGUGGUAAUGGCUACAUCAAUGACUACCCAACUGGUCGGCUACUUCGUGAUGCCAAGCUGUUCGAGAUUGGCGCAGGAACUAGUGAAAUUCGCCGACUUAUCAUUGGCCGGACCCUCAACCAGGAGUACAAGUGAGGUCUGAUACCAUGUUCUGUUGUUCAUUACUUUUUCAUGCAUGUUAUAUGCUGUUCUGAAGCUGGUGAAAGUGCUGUUAUGGCCUUCAGCAGUCAAUAUUGAUGCAUUGAAUGAAGCGCUUUAAGCAACCAUACUUUUAUGUAAUGCUUGUUCCAUUGCUUCUAAACACAAUUUUUUAGAAUAUACAGACUUGCUACAUCCACUUUUUUUACAAGUCAGUGUUUGAUAUUUGUGCGACUUGUUUGGCCAUGUAAGUUUUAAUGACUUUGUUCACAGUAACAUGUAUGGCAGAUGAGCUCUCUUUUGUUAGAAAUAUUGUAGAUGUGAAAUAUGAUUUUGCAUUUAGGCUGACACUGUCAGUGCUUGUCUUCAGCAUAAUUGAGUAUUGCAUACCCGGUUCUGAAGUGGUGGAUGCAAAUAUCAAGCUAUUUUUCUCUUGAAGUGCUUGCAUAUUUUGCUUUUGUGACUAACGGCUGGUGUUUUGUGACAGUUGAGAUUAUGUACACGCCACCCAAGUGGUACCUGAUACUAGUAUUCUCACUGAAAUUUCCAUUUACACCUGCAUGCAAAAAUUUCAGUGUUCACUUUAUUCCCGAAUACAUUAUGAGGCAAAGUCACAUUUUCCUUACAAGUUUUUGUGUACUUGUAUUUAUGAGAGUAUAAAUAUUUUCUGAGUCAUUUGCUGUAGCAGAUCAGCAAUUUUGAACCGUGGACCUCCAUAUGUGAUAUUUUGACAGUUUUGUAGUACACUGAAAUAAGUAUGGUGUUCUAAGUGCAACCUCUGUGAGUGUCUUUUGUAUCUGAAGCACCGUAGGUUUUUUUCAAUUCAGGACAAGUUGUGAUAGUGAAGUAAAGUAACUAAGUAACUCCUUGAAAUGCUUUUAAAGUGUCUUUAUGCGAGAAAUAUAUGAAAAUAUACAAGGUUCAAAUAUCACGACAUUGUCACAUUGGUCAUGGCUUCAAUGUAUUGUUUGCUGCAGAGAAUAGUUUGUUCAACUCACAGACAAGAUUACUUUGCCUUUAGCCUUUAGGAUUUUUCUUUGUAAAAUCAGCAAAAUGCUAACGGCAGCCACAUAGCAUGUUCUUAACUACUGUGCAUGCUUUCUGGUAGUGUGUAUCGGUAUUAUUGUGUACGUCUGUGUUUUAAGUUCUAUUCACUUGUACUGUCUGUGUAAUUUUGUGAUAAUGUGGGUAUCUUUUUUGUCUGAGGUGUUCAGAGAGGUACCUGAUGUAUAGAUAUCUUCUGAGAUAACUUGCUGUUUUGUUGUGGUCGAGUGAUCUCUCGCUAGCAUGGGAAAUCAAGAUGAACUGCAUUUAUGUAUUGCUUUGUCUUGCUGCUGCGUAGUAGACUUCUCAAAGAAGCAAAACACUGUGGUUGCCGUUAACAUGUCGGUUUCAAUUUGUGAGCAAGCUUAUGGAGGAGAAAACUCUUGUAGCUUCGUUGUUUAAAGUCUUCAUUGUUUCAAAUGAAAAACCUCUCGGCACACUCCGGUGACUCUCAUUAGUUGUUGCUAAGGUAUUCUUGUUGGCCAUCAUGCCUUCUGUAUUAGCCGUUAUUGUGCAACUUUAUUUCAUUUUGGCAUUUUUGUGUGGUUUACAAUUGUGGUGCAAGCUCAACGACAUUAGCUUGAUGUGCUCUUGCACUGUGUUCAGCAAUCUUUUCGCAUGAACGGUUCUCUAAGUUUCUGCUCCAUGCUGUAACAAUUGAAAUUAAUCAGCUGCGUUCAGUCUCUCUGCUUGAGUCUCUCUUCAGAGCACAGCAGCCAUGUGCGACUAUAGUAUUUUGCAACACUUCUUGCUAACCCUGCUAUGGUAGCUCAUGGAUGUGUUAGCAGUGUUUUGUUCUGUAGCUUGAGAACGCUUGUUAUUGUAGUGAAAAAUAAAACACAGUUGGUGUGAAUGCAUUCAUUCACGAUGAAAACAGCAUGUGGGUACAUGGUGUCAACAAACGUUUCACUUCAGUCGAAAGAAUGGAACAUGUUGGUUUGUAGGAGAUUUAUUUCAAUAAGUUACUGUACAGUGACAAAUAAAUCUGCGUUCAGCUGAACAUUCCGUUGCUGUGUGUAAUUAAGCUACUACAUGACACUUCCAUGCCUUAUAAAUAGUUUGUUUCUUAGUUAAAGUAGCAUGUCAAGCCAUAGCAGCAUUGGUAUCACACUCUUUUUCUCGAAAAUGCAUUAUGUAUAUGUGCCUUGGUAUGCACUGAGGAAAAAUUUUGUUCAACUUCAACUGGUUCUUCCGAUCGAUAGUUUGUCAGUAUAUACCUGACAAUAUCAGUGCACAUUUCAUGUGAAUAUUUGCCAACAAAAGGAUUGGAUGACAGCAGAACAAUUGGAUGACAUUUGCAGGAAACAGAAAAAUUGCAAGCAGAAUAAAAUACAGUUAAAAAAAAUUAAACCUGCUGUAUUUUGCCUUGCUGCAAGAGCACUUAGAUAUGUGUGGUAUCCAGAAGAGAUGUUUCACUCAAAAGAAAAUAAAAAGAAUCAGUAUAUUGUAAGAUAUGAAAGGGUAUUCUUGUGAACUACCCAACUAUCAGACACCCAGUGUAACACAGAGGCAUUGAACUCUUAUAUGGCACUCCUUCCAAAGCAGGAAAACAUUAGCUUCCACAAUCACCAACAAGCACAAUUGUCUUGGAGCGAUAUACAACGAUGGUCACAAUGUACUGAUGGAUGGUCAGUCACCCUUUCAAUCUUUUAGCUCAUCAGUCUUCAAUUGACUUGCUUAAACUUAGCUUAUGCCAGUAUGCAAUGUUCUAAUAGCAUGUUGUGUGCAAUAUGCCACAACGUAUACCAAACCUCCACAAGCUCGGAAGCACUAUUUUGGCAACAUAAACCAUUUAACUUGGUGGGCUGAAGAUUGUUUACAAAUUUAUUUUUAUUCCUUGAAAGCAGCAGAGAGGCUCAAUGUUCAUAGAUAAAAAGAGCUGUGUAUUCACUAUUUUGACAUACCAAACUAUGUGACAAACCUUUAGUACUUGCCACAUAGUUUACAUGCAUUAUUUUAACAGCUGUAUUUAUUAUUAUUAAACAAUAUUAUAAAAAUUUGGUAGUUUUCAUAACACUGCAGUUAUGUGCUUGCUUUACAUUUAUGGUGUUUAAUGGCAUUGAGGAUAUCUAGAGACACACUAAUUCUUCAUAGUGUGCACUAGCUCUCUUGCCAAGCUUUAAAUUGAAGUUUGCUCGGGGAUCACAGAUCGCAAGCAUUUCUUUUGGUACCUUCAAUCGGGAAACUGCGAUCGUUAGGCACAAAUGGCUUUGACUACAUCACGUGACUGAGAAGACCUCCACUGAUUUGUUGCAAAUUGCCUUUCUCUGGCUGGAGGAAACUGUGUAAGCACUUGUUUCUUGGUGCCUCUGGACUUCAUGUGCAUCACAACAUUGUGCUCUCAACAGUGACCUCGUCAGCUUCUUUGUGCAAACUUGAAGGUUAAAGGCACUCCUGGAUAGGGGCUCUGUAGACGAACUCAUGUUUGUAAAGACUCGCACAUUUUCCUUGAC